AUGACUGUACUCACUGCCCUGAGUAAAUCUACAAUCCCUGCAGGCUUCAAAACCGGCCUUGUAGAGCUUCUUCAACAGAAUAACGUUGCAAUCUCAAACCACAAGGAUCUCAAUCCAUCGGGCUCUGCUAUAGAGUAUGAACUGGAGGGCUACCAUGAUGGUGUCAAGAACAAACUGUACAAUUUCAGCAAUGAGUCAAAGGUUGAUAUCGUUGUUCAACCAUCGCAUCCUACCAGACAAAAAAAGCUGGUUGUUUUCGAUAUGGACUCUACACUUAUACAGCACGAAGUUAUCGACAUGAUUGCAGCCUAUGCUGGUGUUGAAGAGGAAGUUUCACGAGUUACUGAAGCCGCAAUGCGGGGAGAGCUUGAUUUCAACGCUUCUCUAGAGGAGCGGGUCAAGCUUCUCAAAGGCGUUCCCGUUACAGUUUACAAUGAUAUCAAAAAGAAGUUGAACUUGACCCCCGGCGCUCUCGAGCUCUGUAAGGGCCUGAAGGAGAACGGCGUCAAGAUGGCAGUGCUAUCUGGUGGCUUCCAGCCGUUUGUCGAUUGGAUUAAAGAGGUGCUGGGCUUGGAUUAUGCAUAUGCAAAUGUGCUGGCCGACGAUGGCGAGAAACUGGAGGGCAAAACGGUUGGGCGUGUCGUGAACGCCGAAGUCAAGGCCCAGCUGCUAGCCGAGAUCGCUGAAAAGGAGGGCAUUCCCAUCGAGUACACGGUUGCCGUUGGUGAUGGAUCAAACGACUUGAAAAUGAUGGACCGCGCUGGAUUCGGUGUAGCCUUCAGCGCAAAGCCCAUUGUCCAGGCCAAGGCCCCUAGCAGACUGAACACUGGAAACCUCGCUGACAUCCUGUAUAUUCUAGGCUAUAACUAA